CACGGGGGGGUGAACCAACUGGGGGGCGUUUUCGUGAAUGGCAGGCCCCUACCCGACAUGGUGCGCCAACGAAUUGUUGAGAUGGCCCACCAGGGCGUCAGACCUUGCGACAUCUCCAGACAACUGCGAGUCUCACAUGGCUGUGUUAGCAAAAUUCUUGGCAGAUAUUACGAGACAGGUUCGAUCAAACCAGGGGUCAUCGGGGGUUCAAAACCGAAGGUGGCCACACCGAAGGUUGUUGAUGCCAUCUGCAAAUACAAAAGAGAAAACGCUACCAUGUUUGCGUGGGAGAUUAGAGAUAGGUUACUGGCUGAAGGAGUGUGCGAUCAAGAGAACGUUCCCAGCGUCUCAUCCAUUAACAGG